UGUUUGAAUGAAGCUAAAGACAAUAAUUGAAUUUAAAACGAAAAGAAGAACACAAUUUUCAACUCGCUUGACAAGUAGUACAAACCGCCGAGAAAAAAGUGAAAAGAAAGACAAAUAAAGCAAUUUUAAAAAUAUUUUUGUAAAAAUAUAUAAAAUGGGAUUUUGGAAUGUAAAGUUGUUUGGCACAGCAGUUGCUGGUCUCAUAACUGCUUUCUGCACGGCUGGUAUUUUGAGAUGGGGAGUUCUAGUCUAUAAAUGUAACGAAUCCAAAUCCUGGCAAACAUUCUCAGACUGGGUUUUUAACGUUUACAAUAUAGCUCUGGGUGGUGGAUGGUUUAUUAAUCGAAGAAAAAAUGAAGAUAAUUCGGAAUUAAUAGCCCCACUCUCCUUUGCAUUUGCUUUGUUAACUUCAAUUGGUUUGAUUGCUUCGCUGAUGUUUAUUUGUGGAUUGCGUCGGAAUCGCCUGAAAUUAGUAGCUCCAUUAGUCUACUUGACUGCUGCCGGCAUAGUUUUCACAGCCAUCACAGCUUUGUGCUCGUAUACCGCGAAUUUAAUGAUUGUCCCAACUGUUGUCCAUGCUGCUUUAGAAUUUCUAAUACAUUGUGUGAUCAUAGGCUUGGAAAUAAUUGUAUUCUCACCUUUGUAUUUGGUAUAUCGACAAAUGCGUAUUCCCAAUCUACACCACGAUCAUUAUUUGUUGAGAACGAAUGAGCCUGUUUUGAAAUCGACAUCGGUCUACCGUGGAUCCAUUUAAGCUAGUUUUAUUUCUAACAUUAUUGUAGAAUUAAAAUUUAGUGUAAAAUUAUAUUUUUCAUUGAAAAUAUAUAAACGAAUU